GCCAAAGACAGAAAACAAUUGUGCGUGCUUUCUGACUGUCCGUCAUAACGGCCUUACUCUUUGUCUACGUAUACGUACACGGCCAAAGACAGAAAACAAUUGUGCGUGCUUUUAGACUGUGAGUCGAACCUGAACUUAUUUGCGUGUCUCAAACUGUUGACAAUUCCCAUUCACAGAGAGAGAGAGAGAGAGAGAGAGAGAUAAGAGAGAGAGUGAGCAUCUUUCUCUAUACCUUCCUUUGUUCUCUUACUGCCACCUCCUCCCUCUCACACCACCACCCUCUUCCCCCUCCUCCUCUUCCUCCCUCCCUCCCUCCACCCCUCGGAUGUACCGCGAUCCGCCCCCAUCUUCCGGCAUGUUCUUCACGCUCCGCGAGAUCGUCAAGUGGCUCGGCCUGACCUCCUUCGAGAUCCUCGCCCACCUCCUCUGCGCCCUCGCCGCCUCCGUCCUAGCCGCGCUCAAGCACGCCGGCCUCCUCCCCGGCGCCACCUGGUGGCACGCGCUCGCGCCGCUCUACGUGUGCGACGGCGUGAACGCGUACUUUGCGGCGAUCGUGCUCGUGCGCGCGUACGUGGAGCAGGAGGCGCCGCGCGGCGCCGCGUUCCGCACGGCGUGGAGCCUCACCGUCAUCGCGCUCCUGUUCGUCUUCAAGCUUCUCGCGUGCCAGCGGGCCGAGGACGCGGCGCCGCUGUCGCACGCCGAGGUGAUGUCGCCGCUCUUCAUUCUGCUCACGAUGAUCAUGAUUCGCGCAUGCCAGGUACACUGACGCGGCU